ACCCAGAACUCCCAUACGACACCCUCCACUCCACCGCCUUGUAACUACACGCGGCAAAGCCAUAGCCCACGUGUGAUCACCUCGUCUUCUUCGCCAUUGAAGCUUCGAUCAAUCUCAUGCCUUCAUAGAAGCAAAUCCCAUCUGAUCUUGGUUCUGCCCCUUAAGGAUGCAGCGUCUGAAACUUCCGUUAUGGUUUCCCAAAUCCAUUUCGUAUAAUUAUAGAGCCUUACAUGAUAAGACCCAGCUUGAGAAUGCCGGGCCGUUGGCUUCAGUCCUCAAGUCCCGGGCAGUGGUCCGGUUUCGAGGUCCAGACACAGUUAAAUUCCUUCAGGGGCUGUUAACAAAUGAUGUCAGGAGAUUUGGUGAACGGUCGAGUGAGAAGAGUUCAACAUUGGUUACACCUAAUUUAUCAUCAGAGACCAUACCACCCAUGUACGCGGCGCUAUUGACGCCUCAGGGAAGGUUCUUGUAUGAUUUCGUCUUGUAUGGCAUGCCUAGGCCUGAUGAGAAGCUUAAUAGGGCGGGGUCGGGGCCUGGGGCAGACCCUGAUGAGCCGUUGGAGGUCUUUGCUGAUGUAGAUGCUUCGGCCUUGGAUGAACUUGUGAGCACCUUAAAGAAAUACCGGUUGAGGGCUAAGGUUGACAUUGAAAAUGUAGCAGAAGAGUUACAUUGCUGGCAACGUUUUGGGGCAAAGCUCUCUGAGAAUGCCUCCUCUGUAGAAGAGCCAGAGGCAGCCAGUGUUGGCUGGGGUGCUGGUGUUGAUCGUUCAGGCAUGUCAGCUUCACGUGGGGAGCCUUUUGGAUGGCAGUGGUUUAAGGAUCCUAGAUUGGAUUGCCUAGGUUUCAGGGGGAUCUUCCCAGCUAACACAACACCACCUUUGGUUGAAGCUGACAAAGAAACAGAUGAACAAAAUUACCUUCUAUGGAGAUUAGAAAAUGGUGUCGCAGAAGGAUCAACCGAGAUCCCAAAAGGCGAGGCAAUUCCUCUUGAAUAUAACCUGGUGGCUCUAAAUGCAAUCAGCUUUGAUAAAGGGUGCUAUGUUGGCCAAGAGCUUGUAGCUCGAACACAUCACCGAGGGGUCAUUCGCAAACGCCUGCUUCCACUAAAAUUUCUUAACGAAAAUGGAGAAGAUGCAGAGCAGAAGGUUGCUCCUGGCUCCGAAGUGAUUGAUAGGGAUUCUGACAAGAAAGUUGGUACUGUCACAACUCAACUUGGAUGUCGUGGACUUGGUGUCUUGCGUUUGGAUAAAACUUUUAAAGGAUCAAGUACAUUGACCAUACGAGGCCAGGACGAUCUAAAGGUCGAGGCUGUUAGACCCAAUUGGUGGCCACCUGAAUGGUUGCAAGAACACCAGCAUCAAAGUGCAGCCGCUUAAACUUAUGUAGGUACUUUGUAUGGACUUUCUUCCAUCCUGCAAACUGUUGUUGUGGUUAUAAUACCUUUAUUGAUUCUGUUUGAAGGAAAAAAUAAGGAACAUGUUGUCAUGUUUCAAGAAAGAUGAUGAUGAAGAUGUAUAUUAAGCUUACUCGUCUUUACAACUUUUUGUUGCAGUUUUGCAGUCUAUAUGCCACUAAUCAGUUGAUUUAUAAUCGUUUGUUAACUACACGAGGUUGUUAAUGUGCAAUGCUGUAUUAGUUUGAUAUAUAAUGCUAGUUUUGAAUGUCCUGAUUCUCUU